UGCCUGGCUCCAAAUUCCAAAAAGAAGCUAAAUUUGAAGUUUGAAAUCUGUAUUUUUUCUCUCUCGGUACAAACUCUGCAUGGAAUGGAAACCCUCAAAAUCAGAACACAAAGCCUGCAAUCUCCAAAACCCCAAUUCAUGAACUCACUCUUUUCAAGGCUCAAACCCAAUUUCUCUUCAAUCCCCUCUCUAUCUUGCCUAAAACCCUUUUGCACGACCAAUCCUUUAACUUCAUCUCAUGCCUUGAGAACAAGCAGCAGCAGUAAUAGUAGUGCUUCAGGGGACCGUGUCAGGGUUAGGGCUAAUGUAGCUGAAGCUGCAAGACGAUUGAAGGAGGACUGGUUAGACUCUCUUUCUUACCCAUAUCCUGAUAAUCAAACUGAGCUUUCUGCUUGCGGUGGAGCUGAUUCCACCCAGAGCAAUGUGGGUUCCGAAUGGGCCAUCGGUAUCGACCCAGAUAUUUCCGGUGCUCUUGCCCUCUUGAAAACUGAUGAGUCCGGUUGUUCUGCUCAGGUGUUUGAUGCUCCUUACUUGAAAGUGUUGGUUGGAAAAAGAAUUCGAAAGCGUUUAGAUGCUAAGUCUAUUGUUCAGUUGCUUCGUAGUUUUGAUGCUCCAGUUGGAACUACUGCAUACAUUGAGCAAUCAAUCCCAUAUCCAAAAGAUGGGAAACAGGGAUGGUGGAGUGGAGGAUUUGGUUAUGGAUUAUGGAUCGGCAUGUUAGUGGCAUCUGGAUACUCUGUAGUUCCAGUACCAUCUGUAACGUGGAAGAAUGAAUAUGAACUAUCUGGAAGCAACCGUACAAAGGAUGAUAGUCGAAGGGUUGCAUCAACAUUAUUUCCAUCACUGAGUUCUUUAUUAACAAGGAAAAAGGACCAUGGAAGAGCUGAGGCCUUACUUAUUGCUGCAUAUGGCAAAGGCCUGAAGUUGAAGUCAGGCACAUCAUGCAUUUUAGAUGAAUUGCCUUAAAUGUGGCAGAUUGCUUGGCAGCCCAUCUCACCUAUAUGUUCUUUACGCUGAUGCUGCAUGCAAAAUUUGUGGGAAACUAAUGGCAGCACCGAUUUACAAGAUGAAGCAGCAGAUAAAUGAAGAGCAUAAUGAAUUUUUGCCCAUGAGAGCAGUAAUGUCCCUCGCAUUCAUGGAGACAGGAGAAAAAACGAGGAGAUGCAGACUGGAUGGCCAUUUUUUAGUGAAUUUGUUGUUUUGGUUGGAUUUCUGUCCCCUUGAUCCACCAAGUUGGCAUAUUGAUAAAUUGUAGGAUAAAUAUGGAAAAUUGAUAUUCUUGCCCCUAUGGCUCAUUGUUGUCUAUCUGACACGCUGGCUCAUUAUUUGCUGUCUACCUGAUAUCAUUCAAUAUGAGAAUUUUGUAUAAAUUUUGCUAGUA